GCGGGCACGAGCGCCGGGACGCGGGUGCGCGCGGCCCAGAUCCACCGAUCCUCCUGCCGCCAUGGACGACUUCCAGGGCCUCCUGGCCCGCGACUUCGGCCUGCGUCCCCAGGGCAAGGCCGCGCCCAUGUCGGCCGCCCGCGCCGCCGCGCCCGCUGGAUCCGCCAGAUCCGCCGCCCCAUCCGCCCCCUCCUACGACGACCUCUUCGGGGCGGGGGCCCCAUCCUCCGCCCCGCCGCCCGUCGACCCGGUCUUCGACUUCGGCUCCUUCACCGACCCCUCCUCCACCACCACAGCCCCACCCAAGCCCAAGCACUCCUCCAUGCCCGUCUUCGACAAGCCGGUCUACGACGACGACAUCUUCGACGGGGUGCCCGGGGUCAAGACCUCCUCGGGGCAGCAGUACGAGGACGUGUUCGCGGGGACCCAAGCGGCGGCCCCCGCCCCUGCCUACGACGACCUGCUCGGCGGCUUCGGGAGGAAGCCAGAGGCCAGGGAGAAGUGGAAGCCCGCGCCCGCACCGCCAUCCUCGGCGGCGGGGUUCGACGAUUUGUUCGCGGGGAUCGGCCGGAGCAGCCCGGCGAAGCAAAGGGAAACUGCUGGUACCAAAGAAAAGCAGGUGCCUACAUCUCAGCCAGCUAGCAUGGCAAGCGACCCCUUUGCUGUUUUUGAAACGACUUCUACUUCAGCCCGUCAAUCCUCUGGGAUAUUCUCUGAUCCCUUGGAUGAAUUGGGUAGGAAUUCAAAACCUCAAAAAGACCAUGGUAAUGUUACUGUUGACAGUGGUCUAUUUGAGGGUGCUAGCACAUUCAGUCAGGUCCCAAAAUCAGAACAUUUGUUUACCUCAAAAUUGAGUGACGGCUCAAAGGAAAGCAAUGGCUCAACCAAAGCCCGAGACUCAAGCCCUGUGCAAAGUUUUCCCAAAAGAAACUUAGCCCAACAACCUUCUGUGGAUAGCUUUGAAAAUGUGUUUUCGCAGUCACAGUCUGCUCAGUAUUCUGAUGUUCAUGUUGAUAUUAGUGCCCCAGGUUCCGAAAAAUACAGGGCGAAUGGUGUUGAUGACCAGUCGCCAAGAUCAAAUGAAUCUGAAGGUGAGAUAUGGCUUACAGUUUCUGAGAUUCCCCUCUUCACACAGCCAACGAGUGCCCCGCCGCCUUCAAGAACACCACCGUCUCUUGCAGUUAAGAAAAAAACACAUGAAUCAAAAACAAAAAGAAGGGAGGAUGAUUAUCUACGGCAGUCUAGCCAAAACUACAACCAUCACAAAAGUUCAGCGAAGCAAACUGCCGGUUCUUCGAUGGAUGAACUAGAAGAUUUUGCCAUGGGCAAACCUCAAAAGUCAGCUUAUGACAACGCAAAUCCUUUCAACGAUGAAGAAUUUGAGCGGAGUUCAUCGGCUGCAGCAUCUGCAGCUGCAAUGAAGGAAGCCAUGGACAAAGCCGAGGCUAAGUUCAAGCAUGCCAAGGAAGUACGAGAGAGAGAACGUGAUGCAAAGCAUAGAAAUAGAGAACAGCGGGAACAAGAUGAUGAAGCAAGGUCGUAUGCACUUGAUCGGGAAGAGAGAAAGAGGCAGGAGGAACUAGAACGGGAGAAAGAGAUGAGACAAAAGGAGGAAAAGGAGAGAGAACAAAGAAGACUUGAAGAGGAGAGGGAACUUGAGCAAGAGAGAGAAAGAGGGAGGGGUAGGCAAGCAGUGGAAAGGGCAACAAAGGAGGCACGGGAAAGAGCAGCUACUGAAGCUCGUGCAAAAGCAGAGAGGGAAGCACGCCAGCGUGCUGAGCGAGUUGCUGUGCAAAGAGCUCAACAGGAAGCUCGUGAGAGGGCUGCAGUGGGUGCUAGAGACCGAGCUGAGAGGGCUGCUGCUGAAUCAAAGGAGAGGGCUGCUGCUGAAGCUAAGGAGAAGGCUGCUGCUCAAACCAGGGAUAGGGCUACAGCAGAAAGAGCUGCUGUUGAGAGAGCUCAACAAGAUGCAAGGAGAAGAUCCGAAAGAGCAGCAGUGGAAAGGGCCGCGGCUGAGGUCCGGGAAAGACAAGCUUCUGAGGCUCGAGAGAGGCAGGCUGCAGCAGCAGCAGCGGCAGCGGCAAGAGAAAAACAGAGUAAACCAGAUGAUCUUGAGUCCUUUUUUGGUAUGGGUGCCCGAGCAAACAGUGCGCCUAAGCAAAGGGCUCCAGCGGCGGAUCCUACGUUUAAUUCCCAGACUCAAAGUAGAGGGGCAGCAACUUCUGCUUCAGCAGCAUCUAUGCGGAAGGCAUCAUCCACAACAAAUAUUACAGACGACCUAUCUGCGAUAUUUGGAGGAGCUCCCAUGUCAUCUGAUGAAUUUCAAGCGGUUGAAGGAGAGAGUGAAGAGAGAAGACGUUCUAGGUUGGAGCGGCAUCAACGGACCCGUGAACGAGCGGCAAAAGCUCUUGCUGAGAAGAAUGAACGGGAUAUGAAUGUUCAAAGAGAGCAGGCGGAAAGGGAUAGAAUUUCGGAAUCACUAGACUUGGAGAUUAAACGAUGGGCUGCUGGAAAAGAAGGCAAUUUGCGAGCACUGCUAUCAACUAUGCAAUAUGUACUUUGGCCAGAAUGUGGAUGGCAACCAGUAUCCCUGACAGAUCUGAUCACUGCUGCUGCUGUUAAAAAGGUGUACAGAAAGGCAACUUUGUGCAUCCAUCCUGAUAAGGUGCAGCAAAAGGGUGCAAAUCUACAUCAAAAAUAUAUCGCGGAGAAGGUGUUUGAUCUCCUUAAGGAAGCGUGGAACAAAUUCAACUCUGAAGAGCUCUUCUAGACAUACUAUGAGAUCAAGCAUGUUGCAUGCCCGUCUUCCCCCGCGUGAGGUAUUUGAGGAGAAUGAAACACAUCAUCACCUGCUUUGACUGCUCGAGGCACUCAAAGGUGAACGCCGAGUUGGAGCGGUUGGUCAGGGGAAACCGUGAAGUGAUCAAAGUGAAUGCCCCACCAUAUUUAUUAUUGUAUUAUUCUCUGUUACUCCAUCCAUCUUCCUUAUGCCUUAUGCAUGUGUUGAUUCAAUGACAAUUCGCAGCUACACGCUGGCGGACCUUCAACCAGUAGGUGUAUAUUAGCGUCCUUUUUGCUGGGUUGAUCGUUUGUUGUGCGUAGCUAGCAGGGGGUGGGGCUAGCGUUGUGAGUUUUGGACAGGUACAGAGUUUUAAGGCCAGUGCUACAUGUAUCAUGGAUGUCACCUGUUUGUUGCCAUAGUUACUGUUGAUAUGUUAAGAUGCGUUGCUUA